GAUGAGUGAUGAGUGUUGACCUUCAGCGCAUCGCAAGGGACACGCAUGUGCUUAAGUGGUAAGCUGCUAUAUCCAUGGCGGUGACGCAAAAUGCAGAUUACAUACAAUAUAGAGAAGGAGAACAGGCGUCUCAGUUGCCUUUGGCCCUUGUUUUUGGUCCCUCCCCAACAACUGUACGAAUAACCCACAUGCUAUCCUACUCUUGUCAUUACCCGUUCGUUCAUCUUUCCCUCUCAAUUUCUUAAAUUCUAUAUAAUCUAAUAUCCAAUUCGAUACUCUUUUCUCUUCCUUUCUAUCUAAAAGCCAAAAGGAUUCUUUGGGUUCUUCUGCUCUUGCAAAUGCGGCCUUCUACCUUUAGAUUCUUCCAAUGGCAUCUGAGUCACAAGUCUUUCAGCUCUGCUAGCUUUUCAUCCAGAGCAUCAUUACUAUCUACAAGCAGCAAUGGUCAAAAUAUAACUACUAGUCAUCUCAAUGGGUCCUCGUCAAAGAUGUAUUCAACUUCAUGCGAGACAUUGUCCGAAGAUCCACCCAAAGAUAGACUUAUUUCUGACAUGUUGAUCGAUUCAUUUGGAAGGCUGCACACAUAUUUGAGAAUAUCCUUGACUGAACGUUGCAAUUUACGGUGCCAUUACUGUAUGCCAGCUGAGGGUGUAGAACUCACUCCGAGUCCUCAGCUUCUAUCUCAGGAUGAGAUUGUUCGCUUGGCAAGUUUGUUUGUUGGCUCUGGAGUGAAUAAAAUUCGUUUGACUGGUGGGGAACCAACUAUUAGGAAGGAUAUCGAAGAACUUUGCUUGCAACUAUCAAGUUUGAAGGGCCUUAAAACCCUGGCUAUGACUACAAAUGGAAUUAUUCUAGGAAAAAAACUUCCAAAGCUGAAAGACUCUGGACUUAAUUUGGUGAACAUAAGCUUAGACACGUUGGUUCCAGCAAAAUUUGAGUUUAUGACUAGGCGCAAAGGGCAUCAAAGAGUAAUGGAGUCGAUUGAUGCUGCAGUAGAGCUGGGAUAUAAUCCUGUCAAAGUAAAUUGUGUUGUAAUGCGUGGAUUCAAUGAUGAUGAAAUUUGUGAUUUUGUUGAGUUGACACGCGAAAGGCCAAUCAAUGUGCGGUUUAUUGAGUUUAUGCCGUUUGAUGGGAAUGUUUGGAAUGUCAAGAAGCUAGUACCUUAUGCUGAAAUGUUGGACAAAGUGGGUAAAAAAUUUACAGGGCUUCAGAGAAUUCAAGAUCAUCCCACAGAGACAGCUAAGAAUUUCAGGAUAGAUGGGCAUCAAGGCUCGGUUUCAUUUAUUUCAUCAAUGACAGAGCAUUUCUGUGCUGGUUGUAACAGACUGCGACUUUUAGCUGAUGGAAACUUUAAAGUUUGCCUUUUUGGUCCUUCGGAGGUGAGCUUGAGAGAUCCUCUUCGUCUUGGUGAAGGUGAUGAUAAACUUAGGGAGAUCAUUGGGGCAGCGGUCAAAAGGAAGAAAGCUUCUCAUGCUGGGAUGUUUGAUAUUGCAAAAACUCCAAAUAGGCCGAUGAUACAUAUUGGUGGAUGAUGGAUGGAAUAUAUUGGGUUUCGGUGCUCUUUACUGAAUUGUAUGAUGUUUCCACUGCAUGUUGAGGGAACACAGUUUGACUACAGUUAUAGCAUCUCAUAAAUAGUGAAAUGCACCUGCAUAAAUUUUUCUGAAUCUUAGAGAUUUUGUAGUUAUUUGAUCCUGAACUAGAUUAGUAUAUAUCUCAACUGGCUCUUAAGAAUUUGCUGUUCUUGCGGUUGUAAAUAUAUUACUGCUUGUAAAUUUGAUAAGCACUCUCCUUGAGUCGAUUGGUCUCAACUCAAUUGGGUUAUAAAAGUCUGACAUUAAGACAAGAAAAAUACGAUUCAAUAUUUCCAAUAUCACCUUUUUCAUGAUCUUUACUAAUGUGACCAAAUUGUGGUAACUUAUUGGAAAUAUUAGAAAUGUCCUCUAAGGUGGCCUCAUUUGUUUCUUGUCACUUUUAGGUUUCCACUGCAUGUUGAGGGAACACAGUUUGACUACAGUUAUAGCAUCUCAUAAAUAGUGAAAUGCACCUGCAUAAAUUUUUCUGAAUCUUAGAGAUUUUGUAGUUAUUUGAUCCUGAACUAGAUUAGUAUAUAUCUCAACUGGCUCUUAAGAAUUUGCUGUUCUUGCGGUUGUAAAUAUAUUACUGCUUGUAAAUUUGAUAAGCACUCUCCUUGAGUCGAUUGGUCUCAA